AUGUACGUUAUCUGGGAAUACAUUUUCAUCCGGACCUGCAUCUUCUUCCUGCACCUGAUCGCGCCCUUCAGCACACUCUAUUCGCUGGCCAGGUCGCUCGUCCAUCCCUUGCACCGUGUCCCCCACCUCCUGGAGGUAUGGCUCGCCCCGGAGGCGACUUUCUACCUCCUCGUCUACCUUCCGCGCAGAGCCUACCUCCAGAGAGUAGCGGUGCCCCCUACGACGCUCUGCUGCGAGGAUCGCCGUUUGCUAUUCCGGCGCUGUCAUGACAAUAUCCCAGACCCGGAGCGGUAUCUCUCGAAAUGGUUCCUCGAUGCUCCCGCAGAGGAGAUCAGGCGGGAGAACGUCAAGGACUUCUUCCGGUGGGCAUUUCUGAAUACUAGAGACCGCGAUCCAGCGCAUGACGAGGAGAAGAUGGAACCGGGCCGCGGCAAGGCUAAGUGCCUGCGAUUGACAUACGACAAGGUCGCGAUGUCGCAUCGGAGCUUGGCGUGGUAUCUGUGUGUGUCCGUUGUCGACACCCUCACGUCCGCCUAUUUGCGCUAUCAAGGCUUCGAUUUGCACGGGACUUCGCUUCGCCAAUCCCUGAUUGUCUUCCCCUUCCGGCCCCUAUCUCUCUUCACGAGACACCGCUCCCCGGCAAAGACACUCACCUACUGGCACCGCCCACACACGUCCAAGACAAGGCUCCCCGUCCUGUUCAUUCACGGCAUCGGAAUCGGGCUCUACCCGUACGUCAACUUCUUGGUUGAACUGAAUGCUGAAAAUGGCGACGACGGGUUGGACGACGGCCAGCGAGGCAUUUUCGCAGUGGAGAUCAUGCCUGUGAGCUUCAGGAUUACAAAGGCUCAUGGCUGGGACAAGGUGGUUCUCGUUUCGCAUUCCUACGGGAGCGUGAUCUCUACGCAUCUCCUUCAUUCACCCCGGACUGUACCAAAGAUCGGACCGAUGCUGUUCGUCGACCCGGUGACCUUUCUGCUACACCUCCCGGAUGUAGCGUACAACUUUAUCUAUCGUAAGCCGACUCGGGCCAACGAGCAUCAGCUCUCCUAUUUCGCCUCCAAGGAUAUGGGAGUCGCGCACACGCUGUCUCGGCGCUUCUACUGGGCCGAUAACAUUCUGUGGAAGGAGGAUUUACAAAACCAUCGCGUAGCUGUAUCGCUGGCCGAGAAGGAUCUCAUCGUCGACACGACAGCCAUUGGGGCGUAUCUGACGGGCGCGGAUGGUUGGAUUCUGCGGACGAGGGACUGGAAAGAUGGGAUAUGGCAAAGUGGUGGGCUAGAGGUGUUAUGAUUUGAAGAGUUGGACCAUGCACAAGUAUUCGAUAGUAAGAGAACUAGGGGGAAGUUGGUGGAGGUGGUCAGGAGGUUCAGUGACGCGGACACCUAGGGCUACUAGGCAAUGCCGCCAGAACUAUAAUGCUAAUUAAAAGAGGACGAAGUUGGCGGGACGAAGGUAGUCUCUAUAAUACAACCUAGU